AUGACCACAACGACAGCAACCAGCACCAGUGUUGAUAACCUCCAGGCCACCCGCCGGCACACCAAGGACAACGAAGGCAGCUCUGAGCCUACGCCAGAAACAGCACAGCGAGCUACCCACGAGCUACGGCGCGCUCUUCAAAAGAAGUACAGACAUGUUGCCGCAGUUCACUCUCAGUCACAACCGUCCAAACUCAGCCAGGAUUCCACCGUGGCUCCGAGUUUUCUUGGCUUCAGGAAUCUCAUGAUCAUUGUGAUAGUCGUUGGCAACUUGCGCUUGAUGAUUGAAAACAUUCAGAAGUACGGCGUUCUGAUCUGCAUCCGCUGCCACGACUUUAGCCGGCAGGAUGUGAUUCUCGGACUGAUCCUUUACUUCCUUAUUCCAUGCCACCUAUUCGCCGCCUACCUCAUCGAACUGGCCGCUGCGCAGCAAGCUAGCGGGCUGCGGAAACGUACAAAAGACGGCACCGCCAGCCCGACGGAGGAUCAGAACAAGCGCUUCAACGCCACCUGGAAGGUCGUGGCCUGGUUGCACGCCGCCAACAUCACCCUCGCCCUCGCCAUCACCACCCUUGUCGUCUAUUUCCGCAUCUACCAUCCGCUCAUCGGCACACUGACAGAGCUCCACGCCGUCAUCGUCUGGCUCAAGACAUCCUCCUACGCAUUCACCAACCGCGAUCUCCGGCACGCCUACCUCCACCCCGUCAAGGGUGAGCUGGACGCCAUGCCCGAGAUCUACAAGCAGUGCCCUUACCCGAACAACAUCACGAUGGGGAACCUCGUCUACUUCUGGUGGGCGCCUACGCUCGUCUAUCAGCCCGCGUACCCCCGCACCGACAAGAUCCGAUGGGUGUUCGUGGCCAAGCGCGUGGGCGAGGUUUUCGGCCUCAGCGUCGUGAUCUGGUUUGCGAGCGAGCAAUACGCCGCUCCCGUGCUCCGCAACUCCCUCGACAAAAUCGCCUCUCUCGACAUCCCCAACAUUCUGGAGCGCCUGAUGAAGCUCUCCACCAUCUCCCUCGUCAUCUGGCUCGCCGGCUUCUUCGCCCUCUUCCAGUCCUUCCUCAACGCCCUCGCAGAGGUCACCCGCUUCGGCGACCGCUCCUUCUACGACGACUGGUGGAACAGCGAGAGCCUGGGCGCGUACUGGCGGACCUGGAACAAGCCCGUGUACCAGUACUUCAAGCGCCACGUCUACAUGCCCAUGGUCGGUCGGGGCUGGAAACCCUCCCACGCGAGCAUUGCCGUCUUUUUCCUAUCCGCCGUGCUGCACGAGGUCCUAGUCGGCGUCCCCACACAUAAUAUUAUCGGCGUCGCCUUCCUCGGCAUGUUCUUGCAGUUGCCCCUGAUCAACCUGACAGCUCCUCUGGAGAAGAUGCAGUCACCAACGGGUCGGAUGCUGGGGAACUGCAUCUUCUGGGUUUCCUUCACCAUACUAGGCCAGCCGUUUGCUGCGUUGAUGUACUUUUACGCAUGGCAGGCCAAGUAUGGGAGCGUCAGUAAGCGGAUGGCGGGGAAUCCGGUGGCAUGA